UGUACCAAUUUUUAUUUACAGUUGUUAGCAUUUUAACAACCCGAACUUGCUAGAGUAUUGUUUUCUUUAUCGCUGGUGUCUUCGGACAAAAGAAGAAUAUGUCGUUAAGACCAACAAAAUACCAGAAGCGGGAAAAUCGUAACAGUGACUUCUGCUGUGUACCACAGUGCGCCAUGUCGGGGAAAUUCAACUCCACCAUAAGUUUCCACCACUUUCCAAAGGAUGACACCUUAAGAAAAAUAUGGAUACGUAAUGUGAGACGUGAAAAUUUCGUCAUUAAGAGGACCACAACAGUCUGCAGUUGGCAUUGCCUCUCCACGGACGUCAUCCAAGGUGGGAGACGGCGUUUAAAGGAGGAUGCUGUACCUGUACUUUUCGCCUGGAACAACUACUCUCUGCCGGUAGCCAGACCGAGUGUCUGGGAGAGGACACAGCGACCAGAGGAGGAAUUAAUAGAAGAGGAAGAGAUGAAUGUUGAUUUCUUACUUCAGUGCCAUGAUUACAAUGCAAGACCAGAACCAGCAGCUCUGGAUACAGCACAGGAGAUAAUUGAGGCGCAGCAGCUGGUGAUAGAGGAGCUGAGGAAGAGACUGGAGGAGAUCUCACUGAAACAAUCGUUUGGUUUGGAGAGGUUUCUGGCAUCAGAUGAUGACAUCAGAUUCUAUACCAGAGCUGCUGCCUUUCAAUGAUUGAUGAACUGU